AUGAUAAAAGUGUACGGAGUUAUAGGUGAUAUUCCUGCUUUGAAUAUGAUUCUAAAUCAUAAGUCACAUGUUGGAUAUCCUUGCUGUUGGUUCUGUCAACUUGAAGGUGUACACAUAAAUGGUAAAAGACAAUACUAUUAUGACGAAAAUGUUCCUUUGAGAACUGAGCGUAGCUUUGCAAAUGAUUCGAGGAAGGCGCAAAAUUGUCCAGGCGACAUCAAUGGACGUCAUGGAAUAUCGAUUCUCGAAAGUGUUGCAGAUAUUCCUUUACCAACAUCUAUAAUAGUAGAUUAUCUUCACGUAACUCUCCUGGGUCACGCUACAACAAUAUGUUUUCAUCUUUAUAAAAACCAUAUGAGUCGUACACAACAUGAUCAACUCGAUGGAAAAAUGCGUUGUCAACGAUUUUCACAUACAUUUAAUCGAAAAAUAAAAAUGAUUGAUCAGCCAUACAUAAAAGCAACUGAAAUACGAAAUCUUCUUUUUUAUUGUAUUUUACCAAUGAUUCGUGAAUCACUUCAUUUUGACACUGUGGCACACUUUGGACUUUUCAUAGCCGGUAUUCGAGUGAGUAUUAUAAUUCUUGAUUUUUAUGAAUUUUUUUAA